AUGCGAGUUUUAUUGAUUCUCUUUGUCCUGAUUUCAUCUGCGUCGGCUACUUCCUCGGAGCACGUCGGUAUCACGAACACCGAGCGAUUCCCUAUUGCUGCCGAAGUCCACCGGUUCCUGCGUCGACAUUACCUCGAAGAGGAGGCGGACAUCGAGUCCGAUGAUGAAGAUAGAGGUGGUCUUGACAAGGUGGAUGACCUGAUUACGAAAGUAGACGACGCGUUGGGGAUAACGGGGAAGAUGGACGACGUUGCUGGUAAGCUGGGUAAAGUGCACGUAGCACCGACAACGAAGACAGCAGUCGAGAAGAUGGAGCAUGCAGGUCUCGUGAAGCAUCUCUCCGGAAAGUAUUCGGUUGCCGACAAGCUAAGCCUUACAACACUGAGACAGCUGGCGAAAGUGGACGAACAAAGGCUGAAAGAUAAUCGCGUGUUUGACAAGAAAACUGGCAGUGGAAUGCGAAAAAAGAUCGAGCCCUUUGAGGGCAUGAAAAUUGCUCCUCAGAAAUAUCUAGAAGCCCAUGUAGCACGUGCUGGCCAGCUCGUCGACAAGGAGAAUAAUCGGCUGCUGUCUGCCGUUGUGAUCGGUGAUGGAGAUAACGUCCUCCUCAUUUCAAGCUCGAAAAAACCGAACGAUUGGAUUCUUCCAAAGGGAGGUUGGGACCAUGGCGAGGGCAUUGAGAAAGCCGCAUUGCGCGAGGUUAUAGAGGAAGCAGGGGUACGUCUAUUUUUUUGCAAUGUUUUUUUGUAUAUUUAUAAAUAUUUUUUACUAAUCGUCGUUCUGCAGAUUCAAGCGCGUCUGAAUCACGACCUAGGCAAGUUUACGUACAAGGACGGCGACAAAGGAUAUGGAUUAUUUGCCUACACCAUGGAUGAUGUCCAACGCUUUGACGAUUGGGCCGAAAGCUCCCGCUACAGAAUUGAUGUGAGUAGAUAUGCGGCAAAAAAUAGUUUUUGCAUUAUUGGGAAGCUUACGUGCGUGUGA